AUGGCUGACAUAACUCCCCAAAUGCUGGACGAUAUCCUCCUGGAUACUUUUGACAAUCUUGUCAGUCUGCAAGAAAAGGUUAGGGAGUCGAGGGCCAGACUAUCUAUCUCUAUGGCUAAGGACGAAGCACACUCGAAGCCCAAGAGCGAUGAUUCUGAUGGCAUCGUAGACGAUGUAUCUGGCAACCUUCCGGACCAUGACCAUGACCAUGACUCUGACUCUGACUCUGGAGAUGAAUCUGAGGACGAUUAUGCAAACAAAGACAAUGACCACAAAAUAUUGCUGAACGAUGACAAAAUCCCUUGGAAAAUUUCCAUUUAUCCGCCCCCAUACAGAAAUCUCAAGAGGCUGGUGGCCUGGCAGAUCGAGAGGCAUAUUCAAUGGACCGACGACGAGGACUGGGAUGAUCAUGUCAACUUCAGUGAUUGUCCGUUCAAAGACAAGAAAUUCUUUUACUCGGCUUUUCAUAUGCGCACAGCUAAGGAUUUGAAGAAAGGAAAGCCAUUCAAGGACGGAAAUUUGGGAAUCGUCCUUGCACGUACCUGCUUUUAUCAUGGAACUAUGGACGAGGAUUCUGAUGAAAAACUCAGCCUUUACCCAUGGGGUCAACCCGCAGCAGCCCUUGGAGUAGCUGCAAGGUCCCAUUGUAACAAUCCAGAAGACUGGAUAUUGCUCGAUGAGCCACGAAAGCUUCUUAUUGCCAUGGAGGAAUGGUAUUUUGAGCAAGAUGAACCAAAACGGAAAUCACUCGCCGAAAGUGCCUGGUAUUGGAUUGAGAUACAAGCAGCUGAACCUGGAAAAUGGAACCAGGCCUUCUCGGUGUGUGGUUGUGGGAAGGGAAAGAGAUGCCGAAUGAGCAGAGGGGAAAGUGAGAAGACCGAUUGA